AAAGGAACAUACAAAAUCCCUAAAAUUUCGAAAGAGAUUAUACGGUGUCGUUUAAUAGUUUGAAAUUCGAAUUCAAAUCCUCGAUCCGCGCCAGAUCUGUACAAGCAGUGGUAGCGUUCAGAGCACAAAUUUUCUCCGGCCACAAAAGUCAAACUCCUCGUUGACUAUUUCUCUCAAUAUGGCGUCGCCGUUCAUCAUCGACGAUAAAGACCUUGACGACGCCGCAUUGUGGGCAGUCAUCGACUCCGCCGCCGCCGCCUCCCUCUCUUCCUCGACCAAAUCCACCAUUUCAAAACCCCGCAAUAAACCCCUGACACCAAUUCCCUUCCCUCUCCCCUCUCCCCAACCAAAAAACCCACGCAACCACUACCAGAAUCCCAACGGCGAGGCUAUGCAGAACCACCGUCCUCAAAAAAUUUCGCGGUCAAGCAAUAGUUCUUGUGUAUCCGAGCUCAGUGAAUCGAGUCCUUCGCCACUGGCGGUGGUGAAGCACGUGCAUCGCAUGCCUACAACCCCUCCGCCAUACUCUUCUAAUUCGCCAGUGACGAAUCAUAGUAUUAAUAAUGGUAGUUAUGGUACUAAUGGAUCGGGGUGCAAAGCCAUGAGUUAUGGAUAUGGUGAGGGGGGAGAGAUGAGGCAUAGCUUGUAUGGUCAGUUUCCAACUGUUAAUCUCUUUAAGGAGUACCAAAAUGCAGCUAUGGCGAUAUUAGAGAAAAGUGAUUACAUCAUGAUUUCUGGAAAUCCUUUUAUUAAGAAAUCAGGAUGGAGAAAGAUAUCAUUUUAUUUCAAUCUGUCAUAUGAAAUUAAAGACAAGACCAUUGAAUUUGAUCAGAAUCGUAAUGUUCAGCGUGCUGAAUUUGUGGUUCGUGCAUAUAUGCAGGGUGGUAGAUUUUCAGAUGGAUGGGGUUCAUGUGAACGACGAGAGAAGAGAUUUCUGAAACCGAACCACGAUAUCCCCAGUACAGCAGAAACUAGAGCAAAAAACAAGUCAUGCCAGGACCUGCUCGGAAUUGGAGAGUAUCGGCCUGGGGCAAGCCAUGCUAACCCGUAAACUAUGGUUCAGCCCACUUUUCUUCUGGCAACCUCACCUGCUAGUUUUGAAGGGGAUGCAUACUAAAUUACUCUUUGGUACCGUGAGAGAGAGAGAGAGAGAGAGAGAGAGUCAGUGUUCAUUAUUGAUAUAUAGUAACUCCUUUCAUUGGAUCUUCUAUUUCUUGAACUAUCCCAAAUACUUGCUAAUGGUUUCAUAAAAUCCAAUUACAUCUUGUAUCCUCUGAAACAGUUGUUGUAAUUGUACUUGAUUGUAUCAAAUAUUUCAUAGGCUAAAGAAGAAAAAAGUAACUGAAUUUCAA